UGUAUACGUGGCUUUAUACUUUCACCGUUCCACCAUAUAUUUUCCAAUUUCCAAAGUCGGGUGUUCAGUUCCAGUCGUGAAUGCUCGUGAAUAAUCUUUUCAUUCUCUGGUUUAAUCCUGAUCGUACUUUAGGUAUCAGGUGUUUCUUUUUCUUAUCAUUUCGGUAAUAAUAACCAUAUUGCAAGAAAAAUGACAGAGCCAAUAAAUGUCGUGGUUACUGGUGCUGCUGGUCAAAUUGCUUAUUCUUUGCUGUACCAGAUUGCAACUGGUACAGUUUUCGGCCCACAACAACCUGUUAAUCUCAGAUUAUUAGAUAUUCCACCUAUGAUGAAGGUAUUAGAUGGUGUGGUUAUGGAAUUAGAAGAUUUAGCACUUCCUCUUUUACAAGAGGUUUUGCCAACGGCUGAACCAGCCAAGGCCUUUAAUAAUAUAGCAGCUGCUUUUCUGGUUGGUGCAAUGCCAAGAAAAGAAGGAAUGGAACGUAAAGAUCUUUUGGCCGCAAAUAUAGAAAUUUUCAAGGUGCAAGGCGAAGCAUUGGAUAAAUAUGCUCGUAAGGAUGUCAAAGUGUUAGUCGUAGGUAAUCCUGCCAACACUAACGCGCUUAUCUGUUCACAUUAUGCACCGUCUAUUCCGAAAGAAAAUUUUACAGCGAUGACUAGAUUGGAUCAAAACAGAGCACAGGCAGUAUUAGCUGCGCGAUUAAAUGUACAGGUGGAUAAAGUGAAGAAUGUCAUUAUUUGGGGUAAUCACAGUUCCACGCAAUAUCCUGAUGCAGCACAUGCAACUGUAACGCUUUUAUCUGGCUUAAAAACAGUACCAUCUGAGAUAAAUGAUGAUGAGUGGUUGAAUAACACUUUCAUCGAAACAAUUCAAAAACGCGGCGCUGCUGUAAUAGCGGCUAGAAAAAUGUCUUCUGCCAUGUCUGCUGCUAAAGCCGCUGGAGAUCAUAUGAGAGAUUGGUGGUUUGGUACUAAACCUGGAGAAUGGGUUAGCAUGGGUGUUGUAUCUGAUGGAAGUUAUGGAAUUCCAAAAGAUAUUGUAUUUUCCUUUCCUGUCAUUAUCAAGAACAAGCAAUAUGAAAUAGUACAAAAUCUUCCAAUUAGCAACUUUGCAAAGUCAAAACUGGAUAUUACAUCUAAGGAAUUAGAAGAAGAACGUGCUGAGGCAAAUAACGUACUAAAAAAGUGACUAGUAACAUCAGUGUCAAAUAGUGAGAUGCAAAAGAAAUUUCUGUUAUCAAAAUUGUAAAA